AUAACCCGUUAAUAACACACAAAACAUAGGAAAUAGUUCAUAAUAGAGUGAUACAAAGCAGCCUUGAUGCAUGCCUUAAUCAAAAUCUGAGAAAAUAUCAACAGUUUUGAACUUAUAUUAUAUUGAACCAGACCCUAUUCUUAAUUCUAAUAGUGUCUGUUUUCAAAUUCGGCUAAGGAACGAAGUGCACUUGUGCAGAGUAGCCAUAGCACUUUGUCAAUGAACAAAACUACUCUAAGAUUUUCUUACAUAAAUUCCCUGUCAUUCAAACCUCAAACUAUACACACCACUUCUCGUACCAUCGUAGAUUCUCAAACCAACGUUGUUUCAAACUCACAAUGUUUCCAAAGCUUCACAAAACCCCCCAUAUCCUACACCAACCUCUUGUCACAGUGUGUUGCUUCCAAGUCCCUGACAUUAGGCAUGGAACUCCAUGCCCACUUGAUCAGGUUUGGAUUUUCCCACGACCCAAGUUUCAGGAAUCAUUUGGUAUCUCUGUAUUCGAAGUGUGGCCGUUUUGGGUAUGCACGCAAGCUGGUUGAUCAAAGUACUGAAACGGAUGUGGUGGUUUCUUGGUCUGCUUUGAUAUCUGGGUAUGUGCAAAAUGGGUUUGGGAAGGAAGCUCUGUUGGCAUUUAAUGACAUGUGCAUGUUGGGUGUUAAGUGCAAUGAGUUCACGUUCCCGAGCGUUCUCAAGGCGUGCUCAAUCAAGAAGGAUUUGAAUAUGGGGAGGAAGGUUCAUGGCAUGUCUGUGGUCACAGGGUUUGAUUCUGAUGGGUUUGUUGCUAAUACUUUGGUUGUUAUGUAUGCGAAAUGCGGGCAGCUUGGUGAUUCUAGGAAAUUGUUCGGCUCAAUUGUGGCGCCGAGUGUGGUUUCGUGGAAUGCCUUGUUCUCUUGUUAUGUGCAAAGUGAUUUCUGUGUUGAAGCAGUGGAUUUGUUUAAAGAAAUGGUUCGGGGUGGAAUAAGGCCUAAUGAAUUCAGCCUUUCCAUUAUAUUGAAUGCCUGUGCUGGAUUGCGGAAUGGCAGUCUUGGAGGGACUGUUCAUGGGCUUUUGCUGAAACUAGGACAUGGAUUGGAUCAAUUUUCCGCAAAUGCCUUAGUUGACAUGUAUUCAAAAGGAGGGAGGAUUGAAAAUGCAGUGGCUGUUUUUGAAGAAAUCACCCACCCUGAUAUUGUUUCUUGGAAUGCAGUUAUUGCUGGUUGCGUUCAGCAUGAGUGUAAUGAUUGGGCUUUGGCACUUUUGAAUGAGAUGAAGAGCUCAGGAGCUUGUCCCAAUGUGUUUACCAUAUCAAGUGCUUUGAAGGCCUGUGCUGCAGUGGGGUUCAAGGACUUGGGUAGACAGUUACAUUCUUGUUUGAUAAAGAUUGAUACUGAUUCCGAUUUUUUUGUAGCUGUUGGAUUGAUCGACAUGUAUUCCAAGUGUGAAAUGCUCAGUGAUGCAAGAAGAGUAUAUGAGUUGAUGCCAAAGAAGGAUAUCAUCGCAUGGAAUGCUUUGAUCUCUGGUUACUCACAGUGCGGUGAUGACUUAGAGGCAGUCUCACUUUUUUCUGAAAUGCACAAUGAGAAUGUAGAUUUCAACCAAACUACUUUGUCAACAGUUCUCAAAUCCGUCGCCAGUUUGCAGGCUAUUAAGCUAUGCAAGCAAAUUCAUACACUUUCCAUCAAAUCUGGAAUUUAUUCAGAUUUCUAUGUUAUAAACAGUCUUCUUGACACGUAUGGAAAAUGUAGCCAUAUAGACGAAGCUUCAAAAAUAUUUGAAGAGCGCACUUGGGAAGAUCUGGUAGCUUACACCUCCAUGAUAACAGCAUAUUCUCAAUAUGGGGAUGGAGAGGAGGCUUUGAAGCUAUAUUUGCAAAUGCAAGGUGCAGAUAUCAAGUCAGACCCAUUUGUCUGCAGUUCUCUUUUAAAUGCUUGUGCAAAUUUAUCUGCAUAUGAACAAGGGAAACAAUUACAUGUCCAUGCCAUCAAGUUUGGAUUCAUGUCUGAUACUUUUGCCAGCAAUUCUCUGGUUAAUAUGUACGCAAAAUGCGGAAGCAUCGAGGACGCUGAUCGCGCCUUUUCUGAGAUACCUAAGAGGGGAAUUGUCUCAUGGUCUGCAAUGAUUGGAGGGUUGGCUCAGCAUGGCCAUGGAAAAGAGGCUCUUCAGUUGUUCAACCAAAUGCUUAAAGAUGGUGUGACACCAAACCACAUUACCUUAGUCAGUGUUCUUUGUGCAUGUAAUCAUGCUGGUUUGGUAAAUGAGGGAAAACAUUAUUUCGAAACAAUGGAGGAAACAUUCGGGAUUAAACCGACACAAGAGCAUUAUGCUUGCAUGAUUGAUCUCCUUGGACGAUCCGGAAAAUUAAACGAAGCAGUGAAGCUUGUAGAUUCCAUGCCAUUUGAGGCUGAUGGCUCUGUUUGGGGGGCACUGCUUGGAGCUGCAAGACUCCAUAAGAACAUAGAACUUGGAGAGAAAGCUGCAGAGAAGCUUUUGGUUCUUGAGCCAGACAAAUCUGGAACUCAUAUUCUCCUUGCAAACAUCUAUUCAUCAGCUGAAAUGUGGGAAAAUGCUGCCAAGGCUAGAAAGCUCAUGAAAGAGAGCAAGGUGAAGAAAGAGCCUGGAAUGAGUUGGAUUGAGAUGAAAGACAAGGUAUUUACCUUCAUUGUUGGAGAUAGAAGUCAUUCUAGAAGUGAUGAAAUCUAUGCUAAAUUGGAUCAGCUGAGUGAACUUCUAAGUAAAGCUGGAUACAGUCCCGUCAUAGAGACUGAUCUACAUAAUGUGAACCAAAGUGAAAAGGAACAACUCUUAUAUCAUCAUAGUGAGAAACUAGCUGUAGCUUUUGGAUUAAUUGCCACACCACCUGGAGCCCCUAUAAGGGUGAAGAAGAAUUUAAGAGUCUGUGUUGAUUGCCACACCUUUUUCAAAUUUGUAUGUAAAAUUGUUUCAAGGGAAAUAAUUGUCAGAGACAUUAAUAGAUUCCACCAUUUUAAAGAUGGAUCAUGUUCCUGUGGUGAUUAUUGGUAAUAUCAUAAAGAAGGC